CAGCUACCGUAACAUUUUCUUAUCUUCUCUAAGACAGCCUUAACCAUGUCUGUUAAGGAACGUGUUGUUCCAGAAAAGAUCCAAGUUGUGAAGAGCAAUGUUCCCAACAAGCGCAUGCGUGUCAAUAACUGUUUCUCCUUCAAGGAGAUAACCAUGGAACCGGGAACAUCAUUGAAAGACAUAGAUUCUAAUCAGUUCAAAGAUGAGAUCAAGAGAUGGGCUAAGGCCGUUGUGAAAUAUGCUCGUCAAGUCAGCAGCAGGAUGAGAAGCUCCAGGAAAAGCAGUCGGUUUGGAAGUUCCCGGCAGAAAAGCAGUAAUGGAAUAGGAAGCCCAGAAAGCUCGUCUCAUGGCUAACCUGUUCGACCUUCAUGACAACGGCAGGUCAUGGAAAAUCAAGAUAUGCAGGAUGAUUAAUUGUAGAUAUGAGGAUGAUAGAAGGGCAAGCCGCAGAGAGAGAUUGUAAGGUUCUUCUGUCUUUGAUUCUCUGAUUCUUUGAUUCUUUCUUUUCUUAUAUUUUUCUCCCAUGAAUUUUUACCUGCUAUGUUUCAGGAUCCUGUGAUUCUGAUGUAUAUUGGUAAUAACAGUAUCCAUUUGUA